UGACCUAGUUAUCUUUCCCAUUCGUGCACAAUGUAACUAGCUAGUAAGUUAAGUAGGUAACGUUCACUAACUAUGUAUGUGCAAUGCGGUCCAGACAAACCGGCCUAGUAACGUUAGUAGCUAGCGAAUGCUACUAUGCCUUUAUUUACUAACGUUACCUAAAUAGCAAGCUAUCUAUUUACUUCCUCCCGUUUCGUAUUGUCUGCGGUGUUCACUAAUGCAAGACAUUGGGUUAAACAUAUGCCAAACUUGCAUUGAUAGUUCGCUAAUAGUGUUAGCCAGAGGUGAAUAAUAGGGGAACGAAUAUAUUUUUUUUAAAGUCUGGUUCCAAUGGAAGUUAAUGACUUAAGUAGACUAGGCAGUUAUCGCAUGAUUGUUGUCUGUAGACACACUUUUCAAUGGUAAACUGCCUGAGUUAAUUAACGAUUUUCAUUUAUCGACCAUCAUUGGUGUUCGUUAGCUACUGCAUACUGCCAAAGAUGGUCAGCUAACGUUACGUCUUAACGUUCUCUGACUGCAUCUGCAUUUGUGAAGAAUCUACAUGGCAGUCAGAAGGGGACACAUCAGAUACCUCAAAGUGUGUGAGGUACAGAGUUGUCAGGGUGACAACAGAGAGUCACAGCGGCAUGGAAGUAAGGGUCCAAUUAACAUAAAGCAAGUAGUUUAUGAUAACGAUUACGACGAACACAUGGCAGAUGAGCCUAAAGAUGCCAAAACCAACCUUAUCGUCAAUUACCUGCCCCAAAACAUGAGCCAGGACGAGUUGCGGAGUCUCUUCAGCAGCAUCGGCGAGGUGGAGUCUGCCAAACUCAUCCGCGAUAAAGUGGCAGGUAAUCCCUAUCACAAAAACCAGAGCCACAGUUUAGGGUACGGAUUUGUUAACUAUGUUAACGCUAGUGAUGCAGAAAGGGCUAUCAAUACCCUCAAUGGGCUGAGACUACAGUCUAAAACUAUCAAGGUGUCCUUCGCCAGGCCGAGCUCUGACGGUAUUAAGGAUGCCAAUCUUUACAUUAGUGGGCUGCCCAAGACCAUGACACAGAAAGACGUGGAGGAUAUGUUCACACGCUAUGGCCAGAUCAUCAACUCGCGUGUCUUGGUCGAUCAGGCCUCAGGCUUGUCCAGGGGUGUGGCCUUUAUCCGCUUUGACAAACGGGCUGAGGCGGAGGACGCCAUCAAAGACCUGAAUGGGCAGAAACCCCCUGGGGCCUCGGAGCCCAUCACAGUGAAGUUUGCUGCCAACCCCAACCAGGCUAAGAACUCCCAGGUCAUCAACCAGCUCUACCACAACCAGGGUCGGCGCUUUGGGGGCCCGGUACACCACCAGGCCCAGAGAUUCAGGUUCUCUCCGAUGAGUGUAGACCACAUGAGCAGCAUGUCUACGGUCAGCGCUGAAGGGAACUCUACGGCCGGCUGGUGCAUCUUCAUUUACAACCUGGGCCAGGACGCUGACGAGGGCAUCCUGUGGCAGAUGUUCGGGCCCUUCGGAGCCGUCACCAACGUCAAGGUCAUCCGCGACUUCAACACCAAUAAAUGCAAAGGCUUCGGCUUCGUCACCAUGACCAACUACGAGGAGGCGGCCAUGGCCAUUGCCAGCCUCAACGGUUACCGGCUUGGAGACAAGAUACUGCAGGUUUCCUUCAAAACCAGCAAGGGGGGUCACAAGUAAACCCAAAAGGGUGAAGGGGUACUUGUUUUCCAUACUUACAAUAAUAGAGGAAUGGGCGGGAACUAAAUGAGAUUGGAAAGGCUACACAUUUGUUCUUGCAAGGGGAUAUCUCCUUGGUUCUUAUGUAAUUUCUAGGCUAACUAUCACUUAAAUAUUUCUUAGCUAGUAGAAAAGUAGUGUCUUCUUGCUGUGACAUUAAAAUAACCUACGCCAUUGUGUUUUUUUGCUGGACACGGGGAGGGGUUCUGAAGUUUGCGGAAAGGUUGUUGUCUAAUUCUUGUGGGUUUUGUGUGUCUGUGCCACAAACAUGGUUGACGGUGACAAUACAAAAUCCUGCCAUGUCUAAUGGUUUGAUUCCUACCUGCUUGUAAUUUCUCAAUGUUUUACGUAGCCAUUUUAUCAUGAUGAGUAGUUCUGAUCCAUGCUAGGCCUUGAAUCCCUCAAGUCUUUCUACACUUAUAUUCUGUCAUUUUUAACACAAGCGUCCUUUGCUAAAUUGACACAUCAGAGUAUUAGAUCAAGCAUGCCCUUCUAGAUGUGGAAGUGGUCAUGUGCUGGCAGUGCAUCUUUAUUUUGAUAUUUUUUUGGAUUCGAAUAGGUUUGAGGAAAGAUUGCUAUUUAAUGAGUGACCAAAGGGGAGGACUGAAGAAAAAAAAACUGAAGUGUGUGUGUAUAAAUGUAUACGUGCGCACACAUACACACCCCAAUCAUGCCCUCUGACAUCUUUUAAUAUCUGAAAUGUAAUAGAAACCUCCAGGUUAAAAUUAUUCAGUUGAUUAGAAGAUACUCUUCUGUCAACUGUAAUUUUGAUAAUUGAUUGUGCAAGCUGUACCUCGUCCUGUGUUUUUAUUUGAUUGAAACUGCCUUUCAAUGUCAACUUUUUUCCCGUCAUCUUUUUUUUUUUUUUUACUCUUUCCAUUUAACAUUUUUGUAGUGGAAAUUUUAGAUUGUUCCCGUUUUUCUUUUUCUUUUUUGAAAGUUACUUUGCUUUUAAUUUGGUCAUUUGAAUUUGAAAGUUACAUAAACAUGACUAAAUACCAUUCCAACUUGGCUCCAGUAUGUGUCCAUACUUUACCUCUUAAUUUGAAUUGGAAAGCCCUGUCGGGGCUUGGUUCUGCUUGGUUCAGUUAAUUUUAACCUAAUCAAGGUAACGCAGGAGGUUGUUUAUGGGGUUUCUUAUAUGCUAUUAUUUCCUCACGAGGCCAAAUGAUGGGGUCCUGGAAGGGGAGCUCACGGUUUCCCAGUUAGAUGUGCAUUAUGGUCACUUCUGCAAUUUGUGUGUACAGUCAGUGUUUUUUUUUGUGUUUUUUUUUUCCCCCAUUUGACUCUGUCCAGAAAAAUGUAUGUAUUGGUCUUUCGCUGAGGAAUGAAACAUUUUUGGUAACAGCUGAUAACAUCCCCAUUCUCAAAUAAUAAAACACUUCUCCAUGUGAGAAGUUAAAGCUA